GGCUGCAGACAAAGGGGUCUGUCUGGUUUCGUUCUGUUUGAGUUCGUGUUUGUUUGGAGGGUGAGAAACAACAGAGCAGAGCAGAGCAUGGAUCCGCGUCUGAGGCAAAUGCAGAGGAGGUGGACUGAUUGCAGGAACUCCCUGUUUAGAGAGGGGAUACUGGAUGAUAUGUUCAUGGAGCUUCAGGAACUGCAAGAUGAGCGCAACCCAGAUUUUAUAGUGGAGACGGUGGCUCUUUUCUUCACUAAUUCUGAGAACCUGAUCCGUGAUCUCUACAGCGAACUAGCUCAGCAAAAUGUGGGCUUCAGAAGGGUGGAUGCUCGUAUUCACCAAUUGAAGGGCAGCAGUUCCAGCAUAGGAGCAAAGAGAGUAACGAACGCCUGCAUAGCCUUCCGAGACUUCUGUCGGGCGAGAAACCUUACUGAGUGCCUGCGAUGUCUGCAACAACUGAAAGAAGAACUCCUCCUUGUGAAGAGCAAGCUCGAAACUCUCUUCGAGCUGGAGAAUCAACUUGUGGCCGCUGGUGGGUCGAUCCCCAGGGUGCAACGAAGCUUUUGAUGGUGAUAGUGGGCAAUUGGACAUGUUUUGAAGAAAAAGAAGCAGCAUACAGAAGCUACUAUAAUAGUACAUAGGCUGAGCAACUAUGAAAUUACGUCAAUAUGGAAAUGGUAUUUACUAUUCAAUAAAACUUGGAUGAAAAUUACUCUGCGUUCAUUGAACUGUACAGAUCAUAAGAAUCCCAUAUCAUAUAACAUGACUUUGGCAUU